AUGGACUGUGAAGAAUUGCUAGCAUUGAUUGAGCAAUGCUACGAGCGGACGUGCAGAAAAAGAAGAGCAUUGUGUUGGAAUAUUUCUGGGGACUUGUGUAGUAAUCCAACUGAGGUGAUUGAUGUGAUUAGAAAUUCAAUGGUGGGCGUGGAGCCGCCGGUUACAAAAGGGAUACAAGUUGCCAUCUUUUCUCUUUUAGUUAGUGGGACAAUAAGAAGUUUCCGCGUUGAUGAUCCAUUGGGUGUUUUGGGUUCCUUGCUGGCGUGUAGGGUUUUUUCAACAUUGCGACGUUUUUCUGAAGAAGAGAAGCAUUCUUUUCUUCUUCAGAGAAAUAUAUUGCACGCGUUGGCAGAGAUAAAAGAAUGGAUUAGAUGCUUUCGCAGACGCGAUAAUCUCCUUGACCUCAAGCUGCCUUUGAAAAGAAUGAGC